GUAAAGUUGUGUUGUGACGUGAAGUUCUGAAGCAAAGCGGAAGUGGAUGCAGGGGGCUUGUGGAGAUUAAUUUUAGCAUCCAGUGUGCCUGGAUCACCGUUGCCAUGGGCGCUCACCUGGCCAAGCGGUAUAUCACCGAAAGGGACACCGAGCCGGACCCUACAGAGAAGUUCGAGUUUGACCCGAAGAUCGGCUUCGAAGAGAGGAAAGAGAGAGAGAUGAUCGCCACCCAGGAUCAGAUGAACCUGGCGCAGCUGCCUUUGGGGCAGAGAGAUUACUGCGCCCACCAUCUGAUAAAGCUCAUGAAGUGCAAGAGGGACAACUGGCCCAACUUCCUGGCUUGCAAGCACGAGAGGCACGACUGGGACUACUGCGAACACCAGGAUUACGUUAUGCGCAUGAAGGAGUACGAGAGGGAGAGAAGGCUCCGGCUGAGGAAGAAGAGGAUUGAGGCAGAGGCAGAAGCUGCAUGAUGAGAAAAUCCUCUGACUCUGCUUCCUUGUAUAUAUACACCUGCUGUUGUUCACAUUAAACAAUAUUGAUCAAGCUCUAUA